AUGUUACGUACCUUUUUCAUAACGACUAGAGUACUUGCAAAAUAUACCUUUUCUGCUGCACCUGGCUCGAUAGGUGCUUGCACUCUUAGGCCAACGGGAGCUUUGUGGAAACAGUACACAAAUCUUCCACACAGCCGGAAGCUUCCGGCAGACAAGAUCGUAGGAAAAGAAAGGAUAAAGGGUAACACCACACCUACGAUCGAUUUAGAAAAGCGAAGAAAAGUGCUCGAGCUUGAAAUAGAGGUGAUGCGCCAGGAGGGUAGAAAGGUACCAUCGGUAUCUACCAUCAAGCCAGACCAAUGGGAACAUCUUUUGAGUUUAUCGUCCCGAAAUCAACGGCGUCAUUACUAUCUUUACCUUUGGAACAUUGAGAUGGUGCGUUUGGGGCAGAAGAUUAAGAAAGAACGCAAGCAGGAAGAGAUAGCCAAACGACGCGAGGAACUGUUGAAGGCGAAUGCGGAAAAUGAUCACAUUGUUUACGGUCUCUUCCACAAUUCCAUGUUUCUGCGGAUAUACGAUUCGAAAAUGGAUCACUUUCAUAAUAACCGACUCGUUCAAGCGAUGCAGUUUGGCAUUAAUCUCGUGAUCGAUUGCUCGUACGAUGAUUACAUGAACGAUAAAGAAAUGCGUAACACGGCGAAGCAGCUGAUGCUGUGCUUUGCACUGAACCGAUCGCACGUGGAGCCAUUUAACAUUCACCAUUGCAAUGCCAACUUUGGUAAAACGACGAUGAAACAGCUAGAAAAGCAUCUGGUGCAACUGCAUCAGCCGGAAUUUCCUCUUAACAUUACCGAGCGUAGCUAUAUGGAUCUUUUUCCCAAGGAACGACUCGUCUAUCUGACGCCCCAUUGCAAGAACGAUCUCACCGAGUUCAAUCCGGACGAUAUCUACAUUGUCGGUGCGAUGGUAGAUAAAUCCUCACAGGAACCAGUUUCACUGGGAAAGGCAAAGAAACUAGGCCUUCGGAUGGCGCGACUUCCGUUGGAUAAUUACUUUCAAUUUAAAAGCGGCAAAUCGCUUACGAUCGAUCAGAUGUUAGCGAUCAUGUUGGAGCUGAAGACGAGCAACGAUUUCGGCAAGGCGUUCCAGUUUGUACCACGCCGGAAGGUGACAACGCUGGAUGAAGCUGCAGCCAAGGAGGCGGAAAUGCGCGAAGCAGCCAAAUUCAAGUUUAGCUUCAAACGCACCGGUGAUAAAAGGAACAGCAAAAAACCACGAUAG